GCGACAGCGGGGGGGGCAACACUUUCCCUACACCGUCCAUCUCUCAGCCGGAUUACACACCGCAAGCCGCUCGUGUGUGUGUAUGUGUGUGUGUGUGUGUGUAUGAGUGUGUGUGUGUGUGUGAGAGAGAGAGGUGAUAUAUGUUUGACCAGAAGAAGCUGGGAAGACACAAAACCGCGUUCUGCCUUGAGGGACAGUGGGGUUGAGGCGCAGCGCACAGAUGGAGCUUUUGUGCGGAUCUAAACUUCCCUUCUGGGACCUGAAUCUGACUCUAUACCAUAAAAACCCCGACCUCACAGAGUGCUUUCAGCUUUCUGUGCUUCCAUGGAUCCCCUGCAUCUACCUGUGGGUGGUCUUCCCUUUUUACUUCAUUUACCUCAAGCUGAACAACAGAGGCUACAUUAUGAUGUCUAUAUUAAACAGAAUAAAAACGAUUUGUGGCAUUAUUUUAUGGAUUGUGUGUUGGACAGACCUCUUUGGGUCCUUCAGCGAAAUGGAGCAGCAGAUAUUCAGACCUCCAAUAUACUUUGUCACCCCAUUAAUACUUGGCAUGACUAUGCUAUUAGCCACUUUUCUUAUCCAGUAUGAGCGUCUGAAAGGGGUGCAGUCGUCUGGAGUGCUUUUUAUAUUUUGGAUGAUCUCGGUACUGUGUGCCAUCGUGCCUUUCCGCUCAAAGAUCCUACAGGCCCGACAUGAGGAUGAGGUUGGAGACAAGCUGCGUUUCACAACGUUCUACAUGUAUUUUGCCUUCGUGGUGGCGGAGCUCAUAUUGUCUUGCUUCAAUGAGAAGCCUCCACUCUUCUCCAACGUGGUCACUGAUCCUAAUCCAUGUCCUGAAUCAUCUGCUGGCUUCCUCUCAAGAAUGACCUUCUGGUGGUUUACAAGAAUGGCAAUAAAAGGCUACAAAUCUCCAUUGGAAAACAAAGACCUGUGGUCCCUGAACAAGGAGGACAGCUCGGAGGUGGUCGUACCCAAACUCCUCAGGGAAUGGGAAGUGGAGAAAUCUAAAUUACAGAGGUCUGCGCAGGAAGUGAACGGUCAGGCCGUGUUCUCUAAAGCCGAAGCAGAGACAAAUCACGUGGGUGUAAAUCCUGAGGAGGUGGAAGUGCUGCUUUCCAAGAAGAAGAAAGAGUCACAGCAACCUUCCUUCCUGAAAGCGCUAGUCAGAGCCUUCGGCCCGUACUUCCUUAUCGGCUCGGCCUUCAAGCUGCUGCAGGACGUCAUCGUGUUCAUCAACCCUCAGCUGCUCAGGAUGCUGAUUGAGUUCACCAAAAAUAAAAAUGUGCCGUCAUGGUGGGGCUUCGCGCUGGCCUUCCUCAUGUUUGGCUGUGCUCUACUCCAGACACUUAUCCUGCAUCAGCACUUUCAGUACUGCUUUGUAACAGGCAUGAGGCUGCGCACAGCUAUCAUCGGUGCCAUCUACAGAAAGUCGCUGGUUAUUACCAAUGAAGCGAAGCGCUCCUCCACCGUCGGAGAGAUCGUUAACUUGAUGUCUGUGGACGCUCAGCGCUUUAUGGACCUCACCACGUUCCUGAACAUGCUGUGGUCUGCACCGCUGCAGAUCAUACUGGCUCUCUUCUUCCUCUGGCAGACUCUAGGCGCUUCUGUCCUGGCAGGUGUUGCUGUUAUGGUUCUCCUGAUUCCUUUUAACGCAGUGAUCGCCAUGAAAACCAGAGCGUACCAGGUGGAGCAGAUGCAGUACAAAGACGCCCGCAUCAAGCUGAUGAACGAAAUCCUGAACGGGAUGAAGGUGCUGAAGCUCUACGCCUGGGAACUGUCCUUCAAGGAGAAGAUCUUACAAAUACGACAAAAGGAACUCAGCGUGCUGCGCAAGUCGGGGUACCUCAGCGCCCUGUCCGUCAUGGCCUGGACGAGCGCCCCCUUUCUGGUCGCGCUGACAACGUUUGCUGUGUACGUGAACGUGGACAAAAACCACGUCUUGGACGCAGAGAAGGCUUUUGUCUCGCUUUCCCUGUUCAAUAUCUUAAGAUUUCCCCUGAACAUGCUCCCACAGGUCAUAAGCAGCAUCAUGCAAGCUAGCGUGUCUCUCAAACGCAUUCAGCAUUUCCUGAGUCAUGAUGAGCUGGACCCAGAAAGCGUGGAUAGAAAGCCUGCAGCUUCAGAAUACGCUGUAACUGUGGUGAACGGGAAAUUCACAUGGGCCAAGAAAGAUCCGCCUGCUCUUCAGAACAUUAAUGUGAUGGUACCCCAGGGCUCACUCUUAGCAGUGGUGGGUCAUGUGGGAUGCGGGAAGACGUCUCUUGUGUCAGCUCUGCUCGGAGAAAUGGAGAAGCUCGAAGGACACGUCUCCAUAAAAGGUUCGGUGGCUUAUGUGCCACAGCAGGCGUGGAUCCAGAACGCCACACUGAGGGACAACAUCCUGUUCGGCAGACCCUACGUAGAGGACAAGUACCGCCGCGUGCUGGAUGCCUGCGCCCUCACCCCUGACCUCGACGUACUUCCUGGGGGUGACCAAACAGAGAUAGGAGAGAAGGGAAUUAAUCUUUCUGGAGGUCAGAGGCAGAGGGUGAGUCUGGCCAGAUCUCUGUACAGCGAGGCAGACGUUUACCUCCUGGAUGACCCGCUGUCUGCCGUAGAUGCCCAUGUCGCCAAGCACAUCUUUGACAAUGUCAUCGGGCCAGAGGGGGCGCUCCGUCAAAAGACACGACUCCUGGUGACCCACAGUAUCAGCUUCCUGCCCCAGGUGGAUAACAUCAUGGUGCUAGUGGAGGGCAGGGUAUCAGAGAUGGGCUCGUACCAGGUCUUGCUCAAUGAGAAUGGGGCAUUCGCUGAGUUCCUGAGGAACUACUCUUUAGAGGAGAUAAUGGAGGAUGACGAAGUGACAGAAGUGUUAAUUGACGAGGAAGAGUUAUUCCCUGACGAUGCUCUCAGUAUCCACACCGAUAUGGUGGACCAAGAACCUGCAGUCAACGAGGCUCGAAGACAGUUUAUGAGGCAAAUCAGCAUCAUGUCUAAUGAUAUGGAGAACACAAGGACGAAAUCAGUCCGUAAGCGUCGCUUCAGCGAGAAGAGGCAUGGAGAACCACCGCAGGAGAAGAAGGAGUCCAAAGUGGAGAAGCUUAUCCAGGCUGAGACUGCGGAGACUGGCCGGGUGAAACUCAAGGUUUACUGGGAGUAUGUGAAAGCUGUGGGGCCGUUGAUGUCCCUCCUCAUCUGCUUCCUGUACGCCGCUCAGAGCGCAGCAGCUAUUGGCGCCAACAUUUGGCUCACCGUGUGGACAAAUGACACCCAGGAGAGCACCAGAGAAGACAAUGUACCGAUGAGAGUGGGGGUGUAUGCAGCACUGGGCAUUACACAAGGUGUGCUGAUUCUGGCUAACUCGUUACUGAGCCGGGUCUACGCUAUGCUGAAGGCUGCCCACUUCACCCACCUCCACAUGCUCGGCGCCGUUCUGAGGGCGCCGCCGGCCUUUUUUGAGUCCAACCCCACAGGGCGCUUGUUGAAUCGCUUCGGCAAGGAUGUGGACACGAUAGACUGUCUCAUUCCAGAAAAUAUUGAUAUCUGGAUGCGCACUUUCUGGUACACAGUCACUGUGCUGGUCAUAUGCUCUGCCCUCACCCCUAUGUUCUUCAUAGUCAUAGUGCCGUUAACGAUGUUCUAUUGGUGGGUCCAGAGAUUUUAUGUAGCCACCUCGCGGCAGCUAAAGAGACUGGAGUCGGUCAGUAGAUCUCCUAUAUACUCUCAUUUUUCGGAGACCAUCACCGGCACUAGCGUGAUCCGUGCGUUCGGGCUCAACACGCCUUUUGUGCUCAUGAGUGAUAUGAAAGUGGAUGAGAACCAAAAGAGUUACUACCCUGGUAUUGUUUCCAACAGGUGGCUGGGAGUACGGAUCGAGUUUAUUGGGAAUUGCAUCGUGCUGUUUGCUGCUCUGUUCGCCGUCAUCGGGAAGGGAGACCUCAGCGAAGGACUGGUGGGGCUAUCGGUCACUUACGCCCUGCAGGUCACCAUGUCCCUGAACUGGAUGGUGAGAAUGACCUCUGACCUUGAGAGCAACAUUGUUGCAGUAGAGAGAGUGAAGGAGUACUCCGAGACGCCACCGGAGGCACCGUGGGAGGUGGAGGACAAAAAGCCUUCACCUGACUGGCCUGCUGAGGGCAACGUGGAGUUUUCUGACUACAGCGUGAGGUAUCGCGAGGGACUCGACUUGGUGCUGAAGAACAUUUCCCUCCAGGUGAAAGGAGGAGAAAAGAUUGGCAUUGUGGGUAGGACCGGAGCUGGCAAGUCCUCCAUGACACUGUGUCUGUUUCGUCUGCUGGAGGCAGCAGAAGGGGAAAUCAGCAUCGACGGAGUAAAGAUCGCUGAGAUCGGCCUGCACGACCUCAGAUCCAAGCUCACCAUCAUCCCCCAGGAACCGGUUCUCUUCUCAGGGACGUUGAGGAUGAACCUCGACCCUUUUGAAAAAUACAGUGAUGACGAUAUUUGGAACGCUCUGAAACUUUCUCACUUACACAAGUUUGUCAGCAACCAGACAGCUAAGCUGGAGUUGGAGUGUUCGGAAGGAGGAGAGAAUUUAAGUGUGGGACAGAGGCAGCUCGUGUGUUUGGCUCGAGCCUUGCUAAGGAAGACCAGAAUCCUCAUCCUGGAUGAAGCCACAGCUGCUAUUGACUUGGAGACAGAUGAUCUUAUCCAGUCCACCAUCCGCACACAGUUCGAGGACUGCACAGUCUUCACCAUCGCUCACAGACUCAACACCAUCAUGGACUACACAAGAGUUCUGGUGUUGGACAAGGGACAGAUAGCAGAGUUUGACACGCCAGCGAACCUUAUUGCACAGAAAGGAAUAUUCUAUGGCAUGGCAAAAGACGCAGGGUUGGCGUGAGCCUGCAAAGCUGAAGAAACACAACAGUGCCUUCAUCUACAGAGAGACAGUGAAUGUAUCUUUGUUUUCUUAUUCAGCUGGAUCUGUAAUUGUUUGGUUUUUUGUUUUUGUUUUUUUGCAUUAUUGUUGUUUUAUAUGAACUGCAGUGCUAUGGUUACUAUGGCCACUUCAUUUUCACGAUGAACCUGUCUAUUUUUGUACGGUAUUAUUUAAUUCACAAUAGGGGAAAAA